CUAGGUGUACAUGAAGUCGCACUGCCUGCAAUCGGUAAUCCCGCCCGUCGCAGCCCACACGACAGCGACCAAGCUUAUGCACAGCGUGGACUCGUCGUUAACGUCCGCUUUCCGGCCCUCAAACAUCUCGAUAAUCGCCACCAUCACCUGAGCAGUCACUGCAAUCGCACCCACAGACAUAGAGACACAGACGUGGGGCUGAGAAAGAAAUCUUGGUAUCGACUCUCUUCCGUACGCCAAGGAGCGACCAGCAAGAGCUCCUUAACAGAUGAAAAGAUAGGGACGAAGUACAUAAAAGCCAAGAAAGCCAUACAGAGGGGGGAGGGGGGUCACGCGGUGAGUGUUGUGGUAGCUCCCGUGUGCGAUCCUUGGUUUACUUGCCUUGAGACAGUAUUUGCCGUCGUCGUCAGGGCUGCAAAAGAGAACAGCGUUGGGCAGUUUUUUUGCAACAUCCUAUCUAAUAGCUCACUAGACGUGACUGUUGUAAAGGAAGUCCAU